AAUCAUCAUUUUUGCCAUUCCUAUUCUGGAUGCAAAUUAUGUACUUUUACUUGGAAGGUCGUAAAUCAUUCAUGAAACCAUUACUUGCUAGAUUUUACAGAAGAGUAGCUGGAAAUGAAUGUUUCUAACUUGAUUAAUAUUAUCAUGAAAAUAUGCAACUCAAAAUUAGAACUCUUUUAGAAGCAGCCAAAGGAUAAAUUGAAUAUGGUUAAUUACAUAAAGAAUUUAGAGAUGUUAAAGCAGAAUUAAUUAAUACAGUAUAAUAUUAUCAUUUAUAUUUAAGUUCUUAAUGAAUGAAUAAUUAAAUCUCUAAAGACAUGUUGCAGAGAGAUCUUAAAAUAUUCUUAAAUAAGCUCAAUAAGCUGAAUAAGUAUGUAGAUUCAAUAAUUUAAGAUUAAUUAAAAUAGACUUCUAUCAGAUAUUAUUGAAGCUGCUCAAAAGUCACUUGAUACUAAUCUUAAGAGCAAUCUUCCAGAAAUUUAAAAAGCCUCAUUCAAAUCUGCUCUUAGAGGAUUAGCUUAAGGAAAGAUGACAUAUGAGAAUGAUCCAUUAAUUGAUAUGAUUCUUAAGACUAUUAGAGAACAUGUAAGCAAAAUUUAGAAUCUAUCACCAGCUGAGUAUGAAUUCAUCAUAUUCAAUUUAGAUAGAAGAAAUUGAUAUCACUCAGUAAGGACUAAUUAGCUGCUAUCCAAGCAAACGAUAAAAAGUAUAUAUUUAUUAUAAUAAAUUCAGAGCAAAGGAAGAUUUCUUAAGAGCUGAACCAAAGAUAGAUUAAACCCUUAAGAAUUAUGAUAAUGUAAAGAGACAACUAGCUUCUUGGGGACAAUGAA